AUGAGUAUCAAGGUUCAUUUGGAAAUUAACUUUGCCGAAUGUGUCUUAAAUGCAGGAAAAAUCACCCUUGGGAAUAAGCAAAGGAAUGAAAUGAAGCCCCAACUGCAGAAGAAACAGAAAAUCAUAUUGAAUGCAAUAUGUGCUCUGCUGAAUUCUGGUGGCGGAGGGGUUAAGGCUGAGAUUGAGAACAAAGACUACAAUUAUGAAAUCCAUGGAGUGGGGCUGAAUAUGCCUUCAAUUUUUAAAGGUUACUUAGAUGAGAUGCAGAGGGAGACGUCUUUUUUGUGUGUGUGUGUGAAGUCAUGGAACACCGAGGCCUCUGGUAUAUGACUGGCAAUGUUGUCCUCCAAUUUGUACCACAGAUACAGAGCAUCUACUGAUGUCAUGAAUUCUCGGGAAGCACUGGCAUUCCUCAAAGGGAGAACUCAGACCCUUAUGAAUACUAAUGAUUCCAGUUCAUUAAGUCCCCAGAAAGAUCUGGUUGGUAUUCAAAAUGAUGGUAACAUAAGGGCCUCAGCUGCUGCUUUCUUUGCUAGGAAUCACCUUCAGUAUCUAGAAAAGCUCAACUUUGCUAAGUCCCUUCACGUUGAGCUUAAAAUGUUCUCAACAGAGAUGUCACAGUGCUAACAAGUCUCCCCAGUUGUUUCUGCAUUUGCAGACACUGAGGGAGGUUACAUAUUUUUUGGUGUGCAUAAUGAGACCAGUCAAGUCAUUGAAUGUGAAAAGGAGAAAAUAGAUCUUAUCAAAUUGAAGGUUAUUGAUUGCUAUAUUCAUAAGCUACCAGUCCAUCAUUUCUGUACACAGAGGCAUGAGAUAAAAUAUGCUGUCAAAUUCCUUGAAGUACACAAUCAGGGGACCCAUGGAUAUGUCUGCGCAGUCAAGGUCAAGUGAUUUUGCUGUGCAGUGUUUGGCAAAGUGCCCAGUUCCUGGUAGGUGAAGGACAAUCACGUGAAACAGCUGGCCACAAAGGAAUGGACAGCUUGGAUGAUGGAAGCCGACCCAGAUCUUUCCAGAUUUCCUGAGAUGGUCCUUGCACUGAGUUUGUCAUCCACCACACCCCAGAGCAGGACUGUAUGCACUCAUAAGAAUUUUGAACAUCUAGAAGAACAGCAAAAACAUUACUUUCCAGUAUUAUCAGACAGAGUGGUGUAUACUCCCUACAAGGAACUGUUCUCAAAACUUAAGCCUCUACAAGGAACUGUUAAACUUAAAGGACUCAGAGACUUAAUAAAUAAGGAAUGCCCUUUUCCUCAAGGAAUAUUGAUUUUUUUUUCUCGAAGCUGGGCUGUGGUUGGUCUAUCAGAGAAGCAGGGAGUAAUCUGUGAUGCUCUUCUGCUUUCGCAUAACAACAUCCCAGUCCUCUACACCAUCCUCAGUGAAUAGGAUGCAAGCUGGAAGGGCUAUUCUAUGAUAGUUGCCCAUACCUUAAAGCAGAAGCUGGUGAACACAGGUGGCUACACUGGGUAACUGCAUCAUUCCCUUGCCACCCGGGCUGCCCUGAAUUCUGAUAAAACAGCAAGCACUCUUCAUGGUUCAGAUUUGCAAAUUUACCCCGAGUCCUAUAACCUUUAAACCACCCAGCACAUGGAAGCAUUACGGUCCCUUGUGAUAGUCUUGCUUGGGUUCUGAUCUCUCUUAAGUGAAGAGCUGGGCUCUGAGGUUCUGAACCUACUCACAGAUAAACAGUAUGAGUUGCUUUCAAAGAAUAUUCGCAUGACCAGAGAGCUUGUUCAUGGCUUACCUGGCUAAGGGAAGACCAUCCUGGCUCUCAGGAUAAUGGAGAAGAUCAGGAAUGUGUUCCAGUGUCAACCAGAUGACAUUCUUUACAUCUGUGAAAAUCAACCCCUGAAGAAGUUUGUGAGUCACCAAAAAAAAAACAUCUGCCAGGCAGUGACUUGGAAAACCUUCAUGAAAAAUGACUUUUGAAAGAUUCAGCACAUCAUCAUUGAUGAAGCUCAGAAUUUCCACACUGAAGAUGGAAACUGAUAUGAGAAGGCAAAAAUCAUUGCUAAGAGAGAAAACAAUCACCUGGGAAUUCUCUGGAUCUUCCUGGACUUUCAGACCAGCCACUUGAGUCACAAUGGCUUCCCUGCUCUUGUAGCUCAGUAUCCAAGAGAAGAGCUCACCAGAGUGCGCAAUGCAGAUCCAAUAGCCAACUACCUACAAGAAGUAAUGCAGGAGGUCAAAGAAAAUCCUCCACCUUACAUCCCCCUCGGGUCCCUGGAGAUGGUUCAUAAAGCUAAAUGGGCUCAGGGUAUUCCAGGCAACUUCGAGAUUAUGGAGUACUUGGGCUUGAGCUUGGAAGAGAUGGUGGUCCAAGUAGCAGAGAAAUGUCAGUUUCUCUUUAGGAAUGGUUAUUCUCCCAAGGACAUUGCCAUACUUUCCAGCAAAGCAAGUGAAGUGGAAAAAUAUAAAGAUAAGCUUUUAAGAGCAAUGAGGAAAAGAAAAAUAUCUCAGCUCGAUGAGGAACCUGAUCUGUUGAUACAGAUCAAGGAUGCAUCAGAUAUCAUGGCCAAUCACAUCGUAUUGGACAGUGUCCAUCAAUUUUCCAGCCUGGAAAGAAAUAUCGUGUUUGGGUUCAAUCCAACAGUGGCUGAGCCAGCUGUUUUCCAUAAUCUUCUGCUCUGUCUGGCAAAGAAACAUCUCUAUAUUCUGAAGGUUUCUAUUUGACAGGAAGAUCCCAGUUUAAGAUCAAUUAAGUAGCUCUUAUCUCUAGUUAACAUGAAGCUAUAUGACCUAAACAUUUAAUCAUCAAAUAUUUAAUAAACACUCACUCUGAACCAUAUAUUCUUCUAGUUUCUGAGGGUUAGGGAUAGGGUAGCAAACAAGAUAGACAAGAUUCCUUUUUUGGGGGGCAGAGGCACAUCACAGACAAGUAAACGAAUACAAGUACAAGAAAUUUCAGGUAGUUAGAAGGGACAUCAGAGUAGUAAUUAGGGAGCACUGAGAUGCAGAGGUUUUGUGUGUGUGUGUGUGUGUGUGUGUGUGUGUGUGCGCGUGCACGCCCAUAGGUAAGUAGGUAGGUAGAUAGAGGAAGGACUGGUUAUUUAGGGUGUUUGGAGAAGCACUCAGUGAAGGAAGACAUCAUGAAAAGAUUUUUGAGCCAAAUGUGCCAGGCAGACUCAGAUAUUUUCACUAUUUUUUGACAUUUUCACUAUUUUUAAUACCACAAGGGUACAAAAAUGCUUGAGUAUGAUGUGCUGGGGGAAUAUGAAGGAUGGAGAGGGGUCAUGUGUCUGGCCUUUUAUGGGCCUUUUAUGAUAUUUCAAAAUGUAGGAUCAGAGGAUACAAAUUGUAAUUUUUUGUAAAACCAUAUUACAUUAUUCUUUUCCAUUUUAUUCUUUUAAUGGCAUUAGUAAUUUUGAUCACUAACUUUAAAAUACUUUAUGCCUGUCUUUUGUUAUUUGGAAUCUCAGCUCUUUAGCUCUGCUUUAAUAUUAUUCCUGUGGAGAAUCUUAGGUCACUGCAUGAAGGUAAGAGUCCCACAAUUCCCCAGGGAGACACAUUGUAUUUUAUUUAAUAAAAUUUUUAGGGCAGCCCCGGUGGCGCAGCAGUUUGGCGCCGCCUGCAGCCCAGGGUGUGAUCCUGGAGACCCUGGAUCGAGUCCCACA